GUUGGUGUACAGAGCAUACAGAAAACAUAGCCUGCCGCCGCCAAAAAAAAAUUGUUCACUACGUUGUCUGGUGACAGAGAAACUAUAUAAACAUAUUUUUAAUUAUUAAAUGUUAGCGAAAAAAUGAAAGAAAACAAAAUAAUUAAAUUGGUUCACGUCGCGUGGCGUGAACGGUGGUCCGACUCGCAAUGGGGUAUUAACAUUAAAAAUGUAAUACCACGAGGUGUCAGCGGAGAUGUUUAUAAUUUAUCAGAUUGUUUACUCCAACAAGCCCUGAUUGGUUCCACAGCCAAUCCGAUGGUUCUGAAUUAUUUAAAACAUUCGCUAUGUGCCCAUCUGGUUUCAUACGCCGCUGUCUUGAGGCGUAUAGCGAAAUAUGAACAUUUCGAUCGAAUUUACUGCUUGACUUCGUUGUUGGAUUUUGUAGAUUCCAUUUUAGAUGGGGUUUCGUGUCGAACAAAGGCUGAGGAAUCAAUGUUGCCUGGCGCAAUUGUUUCUUUUGUCGAUUGGCUUAUGCAUAUAUUUGCAACUAUUACCACCAGCUACGAAAUGAAUCGCGAACUAAGCGCUGAAAACUCCUAUUUGCUUGAUCAAUGUUGCGCGGUUAUUGAAAAGCUAGUUAAGAAUCAAUUUAUACUAGCAAUUCUAUUUGUUGGAAGGCAAGAGGCUCCCGAUAAUUACAGUAAAAUACGUGAAAACUAUGCCACAAUUAAGACAUCAUUGACAAAUUCCAAUUUUACGCCGCCCCACCCCGGCGUGGAGAAAUAUCUGCAAAAAUUGGCGUACAUAGAUGUACAUCAUUUGGAUAUGAAAAUUCUGGAUGUCCACCAGGUGCCAGAACCAAUUUCGUAUUGUGUACAGCCCUUGCUGGCAGUUGAGGUAUUACUGAAUCCAUGUAAUGAUGUAUCAUAUUAUGUAGCAGAAAUGCAGAUGUUGCAAAGACUAAAAAAGUUUUCCAAUACCCGGCUGUUUUAUGAAAUUAUUCGUGCUGGUUUUGUGUCGCUCAGCAGUGUGGUAACAAGUCACGACACUAUCUGGGGGGCAUUUAUGUUUUUCAAGGUUCCCCAAAUUAUAAAGCAGCUGCAUGCGCUUAACAGAGCUUCUGUAGAACCAAACCCAACCGAUUUUAUUCCGGAGGUUGUUGAAGCCUUUGAAAUGCUACUUGAAGAUAAUCUACUCUUAGAUUUAAUGGAUUCAAAAUGUUCUUGCAACAUUAUUGAGUAUCUUCUCAAUGAUUGGGCCAAACAACAUUUGGUCAACGAGGUUCAUGUUAAGCAUUUUGCAGCACAGCGAGAUCAAGAGGCAUCGUUGCUAUUGCAAAAACGUGAAUGGGGCAAUCAAACACAAUCCAUAAUUAAUUUUAUAAUACGUGCCGAGGUUCCCUUGUCUGGUGUGUUAAAGACACUUAGCGCAGAUUACAACAAGGUGCAGGAGGCAUUGUUGGGUGUGCUAUGCCAAGUCUUAGUUGGAAAUAGCUUUGAUUUGAUACUGGCAGUAGCAACUGUCGAAGGUCGUUUGAAGACGUUUGUUUCGCGGCUAAUACAAUGCAAUGAAAACUCAAAACAAAUUCCAGGCGAAAUUGGAAAAGCAUCCAUUAUUCGUUCCACAUUGUUUGAUGUUUCAUUUUUAAUCCUGACAUCAAUUGUCCAGACAUACGGUUCACAUGUGGUUUUAACAGAUAAUGGUGACAGUUUCUUUGAGAAAUGGGUGCGAGAGUGCAUGUUCGAGCGAAACAAACCGAAAAACCAUCGUAAUAUGUUGGCAAUGUGUGAUGAUAAUAUUGUGGACGAGUUGUUAUUGACCUUUAGCAAACCUGACACGCAGAUGAAAAGUUCAAACAUAACCUGGAACGACAUCUGUAUCAAUUUACCCGGCGUCAUAAAUCAUGUCUUGAUAUCUUGGGAAAAAGACACUUUGUCUGCAGCCGAUGUCAAGAAUAUAUUGGAUAAUAUUAAGAGACGCAUGUUCUCGUUUUCAGUUUGUGCAACGGCGUACUUAAGGGCUUAUAUGCAUUCCGUAAAAGACAAAGAACUUCUGAAGCCACUGAAUAUGAUUCAGCAAUUCCUUACUCCACCGUGUAAUGAAGAAAUGUCCUCACAAGAAAAUGUCAAAGAACGUUUGGGUCUUUCAUUUCAAAUUAUACGAAAAAUGCAAUAUGAUGCUCAUCCUGCGGGCAGUCUUAAGUCUCGCAGUUUGACUUUAACACAAAAUCUGGUUUCACGCAAUCCUUUGGUGGAUCAAUAUAAAGAUGUCUGGAGUACAAUAGCCGACAACGGUUGGGUAUCACCAGGAGCAGCUCAGGUCCUGGAAUCUCUUUUACAUGCCGGUGGUCCUGCUUGGCUAUCUUCUCAAUUGGUUGAGGAAAUGCUUAAAUGUAAAUAUAAAAAGGAUAUGAUGAAAACAAUGGACAUUGUAUUUGCAAUUUCCCAUUUGGAUAUAGAGCGUAUUACUGAGGCUUUGCUUACCAAUGUCGUUCCGGCCAUAAUCAACAAUCGCCAAGAAGAGGACACCAACUUGCCCCACUCUUAUGUAUUGGCUAGAUUAUGUGUCUACUGCAUUAUAUCGGCCUUGGAGACACGAAAUCAAACAAUGCAAAAGAAACGUUCUCGCUCUCAUGAUGGUGACGACCAUGAGUUAAAUAAUGCAGCAAAGAUGCGCAAAAUUGCUCCAGACGGUUCAGACAAUUCAUGUUCCAAUGAUUUUCUCUCAGAAAAUAAUCUACUAUUGGGAUCAUCCAUAACAGCGAUGCAUGCAAACAAUAUGCGCGAAACGCCAACGCAAUUGAGAGAACCUUUGCAAUCGUCAAUUCAAUAUAUAUUUAAAGUAUUUCAACAUUUUGUUGCCACCGAUGAGCUGUCACCGAAAACAUAUUUUGUCUAUCAGUUCAUAACCCUGUUGGUAGAGUGCGGCAAAGAUCGUGUCAAGCCCAUUCUCAAGCUAUUGCCGCCAAGUCUUAUGCAGUGUCUUUUGAAGGCAAUGGCGGCCGAAGACAUACAUGUGGGUUUGAUUACAAGACUUUAUGAUUUGCGUGUGAAUAUAGGCCGUCAAGCAGCUGUCUCAGAUUUAUGUCUGUGGAGAAAUAUAAAAUUAAAGCAACAAAGCAUUCAAUUAUAGAUGAUCAAUGUUUCAUAUGAUUGCUUCAACAUGUAAUAAGAUAAGAUCAACAUUUAUAUGCUUACAAGUCUUAGAGAGCUUGAAAAAUAAAGUACAUAUGUAGAAUAAUUUUUUA